CUAAUAAGACAUGAGAUGCAUCUCGUUAUGAAGUCGUCACAUGAUUGCGCGCGCCGUGGCCACUAUUCAAUUAUGGCUCGGGCGCAGGGGGGAAAGGUGCACGGGAGCCUGUGCGAUCAGACGGCAGAAGAGGGACCCGGGAGUGGAAGCUGGAAUUCCUGCGCGGAGAUCGAGGAGUAACAGAUAGGAGGGUGAAUUUGCACACGCGAGAGGAACUAUGGAGGUUUUAAAAUGUGUGUGCUUGCUCGUCUGCGCUUUCGUUGUCGCUCAAGUCGAGGGAAAAAAGACAUACGCGGACAUGUUCGCUCAUAAACACGUAGGCAAGAAGUUUCCUAUACCGUUCCCCAUCCCGGGAUGGGACCCUGACUCGAUCCCUUGGGACGAUAAACUCUACCCACCUAUGAAACCAGAACUCCAACGGAAACGAGGACCCGCGCCGACGGUUCGUCUGACGAGUGACAGUCCCGCCAUGAACGGCUCGAGCAUCACUUUCACUGCGGCGAUCGAGCACGCCCCGUGCACGAAGGUGGGCGCCAACGGAGACGUGGUGAACGACGAGCACUGUGAAGACGGUAUGGAGGCCUCAGCCAAUGGAUCAUGGAUGGAUGACUACGGCUUUGGGAAGUGUAUGAACUUAAAGCGCUGCAACGUGUUCCCGGACGGGAAACCCUUUCCUCAGAGUAACGACUGGAGACGCAAGGGCUACGUCUAUGUUUGGCACACCAUGGGUCAGUACUUUGAGACGUGUGAUGGACAGUCGUCCCACCUGACCUUGAACACAAGCGGCUGGACGAUGGGCGCCGGUGUCAUGGAGGUUCUGGUGUACAGGAAGCGUGAGACCAGGAAGUACGCUCCUAUGGCCACUGACAGCCAUGUCUUCUUCAUCACCGAUAAGAUCCCUAUCGCGGUGAAUAUGACCCAGAAGCUGGCGGUGAACCUAACGGAGAAGAACGUGUUUGUGCGCGGCUCCGACGUGGUCUUCCAGGUGAACGUGCACGACCCCAGCAACUUCCUGAAGACCGCCGACGCCGUUGACUUCAUCUGGGACUUCCACGAUGGCAACCAGCUGGUCACCCAUAGCAACGUGGCCACACAUGCCUACCGUUCCCUCGGCAACGUCACCGUCAAACUGACCGUGGAGGCCGCGUUCCGUACGCCCUGCCCUCCACCCACGCCCACACCCAUGCACAUCACUGUGCCUCCUACUCAAGCAGCUCCAACAGCACCUCCUGCAACUCAUGCUGUCACUAGUAAAAUGGAGACCACCCCCCAAGCAACCACUGCCCCUCCACCUGCCCCAACCACACCCGCGGUUCCCGUGACGACAGCCUACGUAACCGACCCACUGCCGACCGACCCGUUUGUGACCGCUGGAGUGACCGGAACACUGCCGCCGAUGGUGACCCCCACGAUAGGAGGAUCCACCAUGCCCCCCAUGUUCCACAAGGAGCGCUCCAACUCGGAGUGCUUCCGAUACAUGUAUGGGACGUUUGUGGACGAGAUCAACAUCAUCGAGCCUUUGCCAAACAUGUUGCAGAGUGAACCCCCUAGCAGGAUUGUGGAAGUGUCCGCUGACAAGGUGACCAACAGCACCGUCAACUUCCUGGUCACGUACCUGGGCAGCGACCCCACCUCGGCAUGCACAGUCGUGUCGGACGCUACCUGCCACCAGGUGAAGAGCAUCAAGUGUGACGACGUUCCCAUGGUACCCCUGGGUUGCCAGGUGAUCCUGAGACGCACCUUCCACGAGCCCGGCACCUACUGCGUCAACAUCAUCCUGGAGGACUCCAAGAGCAGAUCUCUGGCAACCACCACGGUGACCAUCGACAAGAGCACCAAACAGGCAUCCAAGUCCUCCCGCGCUGCUGAAGUGGUUCUGUCCUCCAGUGCCGUUCUGGUGGCCAUCUUUGCCUUCAUCGCGUUCAUGGUGUACAAGCGCUACAAGGUGUACCGGCCUGUGCGGCGCUCCCUGGUGGAGGAUGCGGAAGAAUCCCCAAAGGUCGGAGGUCACAUGGAGAGGCUGAAGGCAGCCCUCUUCCCAACCAAUGAGGAACGGAGUCGCCUGCUGACAGACAGGCGCCCCCUGUAGACAGCUCGCGGGAACAGCAUGUGGGAGGUGGAUGAGAGUGUAUGGCAGAGGUUGCCUGCUGAGCACCACAUGGCAUAUACUCCUACAUAUGACUCGGCAGCAGUGAGUUAGGAUUAAUGACACACACUUGAGUCAGUAAUAGUAUAUUGAAGCACUUGGGUGAAUCGUGUAUUAAAUAAAUAACAAAUACUUCCUCUGACUGACUGUUGCACUAUAUGUGCCAGAGGGUCUUGCUACUUCCUGUUGCCAAAGUUUGAACUGUUCCACUAGCAAAAGCUCCUUCCUGUCAGUGAUGCAUUAUGGGUAUAAUAUCAUAUGACAACUUUAGUUAAGUUUUAUUCAACAUUACACAUUUCACUGAGUAUACUAUUUCUGCAUGACACAUUUCCAAUAUCAACAUUGAACUUGCUUGAUUGUUCUGAAAAGCAUGGGUAGACCUAUUCUAACUGUUGUCAAUAAUAUAAAUGUAACUCAAAACAAUACUGCUUUAACUGGAUUGCAUACACGAUGGGCACAGUGUAUAUGAAGUGUAUAUGUUUUAGAUACUAGGUCAAGCCGUUCUUAACUAGGACAGAAUUAGCUUGCUGGCAUAUUUAACACAGCUUACUAGCAUGAGUCUAAGGCAAUACUAGUGGUCAGACUUUGCUUUUGAUCCUGAAAACUCAGAAACACCUGGUCUAACGUAGACAUCUGGCUGUAGAAGACUAAAAGUGUAUUUUUGUAUUGUUCUGUGGUUUGUGUCUGAACCCAAACCAAGUGUGUGUGCAUGUGUGUGUGUGUGUGUGUGUGUGUGACACUGCUGACCACCCCAGAGAACAUUAGCAGGUCAGCAACAGCCUUAGCCAAAAACUGUCUUCUUCAAGAAGCAAACCAGCAGAGGAUGAAUGUGUUUUUCUUUUCUCUUAAAUACUGAAAAAGCUCCUUUUAGUAUGUCUGAUUUAGAACUGCCAUAUGAUCUUUCUCUCUCAUAUCAAUAUCCACUUUUGUUAUUUUAGCCCAUCUUUGUGAAAGGUUUAAAACCAGAAUUUGAAAUAUUGAUGCAUAUACUAAUCUAAAAUCUUAAUUUAAAAACUUUAUUUCCUAUCUGUAAUUCUUGAAUGAUUUUACACUGUAGCCAUCCUAAUAAAGAUUCUAA